AUGACAUUGUCGCGACGCCGACUUGUUUGUCCUCUUCUCAUAGACAUUGGUAGUAGCGGCACGAUCACACUACCGUACUUUUAUCACACCGUCUGCCCAUGCCUGUAUGAGGAAUUACACAAAUUAUUAAAAUACCGAUAUGAACAACAAGGAUAUUAUUCACAAAAACAAUCAUUUCCACAGAUAUAUAGAGAAAAUCUUAACCAUACAUUCAUAAAGACAUUAUUGCGUCCAUGUGGAUUCUCACAGGAACGUCCACUUCUGCAGCAUGAAAGUUGGAAAGUGGCGUGGCAAACUUAUUUGAAUGCGGUUUCGCAACGUGGUCAAGUCUCUGCACCGGGUUUGGCUCCUAUUUCAUCCCAUCUUCAUAAUAAUAAUAAUAGUACAACUACUGAGAGGAAAAAUAAUAAUGAACCCGAUGCUUAUGAUCCUCUUCUAGGGACGUUAUCACUUCCUAUACCUGUAUCUAUACCUAUUUCUAAAGAUAGUAUAAAUGAAGAAACGACGACGACAACGAUGAUGGAAUUCUUUCGAGUAGAUGCCUUUAUUCCUAUUCAUGUGCAGAUGUACCAUGUGAUGCGUAGAGUUAUGAAUCCACUAGAAAUGUGGGAUAUAAUAGCUAUAGGUAUUGUAGUGCCAACCCAUCAAACCGAUUACUUUGUUAAAGCGGUAAGAAAUAUGCAGGAAAGUAUAAUAGACCAAUCUUCUUCAAAACAAACUUUACCGAACAUUUUACUCUACGACUCAAAGGGGCUUCAGUUUCGAUUAUAG